UUCAUGUGUUUUGGAUCGAUCCAAUUAUUCACCAAAAAAAUUUUUUUUUCUCAUUUGUCAUUGUUUAUUUUUGCUCGAGAAUUUCGUCUUUUUUUCUGUUUGAAAAAAAAUCAUGAAUGCACCACCAUCAUUUGAAUCGUUUCUUUUGUUUAAAGGCGAAAAAAAAGUUACGAUUGAAAAAGAUACCAAAGUACCAAAUGCUUGUCUUUUUACCGUAUCGAAAGAAGAUCAUACACUUGGUAAUUUAAUUCGAAUGCAACUGCUGAAAGAUCCAAAAGUAAUAUUUGCCGGUUACAAAGUACCACAUCCAUUGCAACAUGAAUUUAUAUUGCGUAUACAAACAACGGCAGAUUAUUCACCACAGGAAGCAUUAAUGAAUGCAAUCAAAGAUUUAAUUAGUGAAAUGUCAUUGUUGGAAGAACGUUUUCGUGAGGCAAUUCGUGAACGUACAGAAGGUUAUGAUUAAUAUGAUGAACAUGAUGCAUAUAUGUUGCUGAUUAAUUGAAAUCCAUAAAUCAUUCUAACACAUCUGUAUCAUAAUCCAUCCAUCUAUCCAUUUUUUUUUUUUUUUUGAAAUCAUUCUGACCGUUUUUUCCAAUAUUCAUCAUAUUAAUCCAUCUGAAGAAAUGAAAUGAAGAAUUAAGAAAAAACCCCCCACUCCAAUUAUUAUUUCAUUAUAAUCGAAUCCAUGACGAUUGUAUAGAUAAAAGUACUAAUUGAAUUUGAAAAUUUUAUCAAAGAAAAUUAAAAACAAAAUGAUGACGACGACGAUGAAAA